UUUUUUUUUACUAUCGGAUUCUGUGUAAAAGAGGUUGAAAGGUUGCUGUUGUCUUAUUUGGAUUAUACCUUUUGCUUUUUUACAGGGUUAUUGCAAGUACUCCAUUAUGUUUUAUGGUUAUUACAAUAAUCAGCGAAGUAUUGGAUUGCUGCAGUUCCGGUUACCCCUGUCAUAUCUUUUAGUUGGAGUUGGGAUAUUUGGCUACAGUCUAAUGGUGGUUAUCAGAACAAUGGCAAAAAAUGCCAAUGAAGGAGGAGAUGGAGCAGAGGAAGGUGCCUUCACCUUUUGCUGGAAGCUGUUCACUAGCUGGGAUUACCUUAUAGGAAACCCAGAGACAGCUGACAACAAGUUUGCCUCCACCACCACAAGCUUCAAGGAAUCUAUAGUGGAUGAGCAGGAGAACCUAAAAGAUGAGAACAUUCACCUGCGUCGUUUUCUACGUAUCCUGGCGAACCUUCUCAUCCUGUGUUGCUUGGGUGGGAGCGGAUACCUCAUCUACUAUGUGGUCAAAAGAUCUCAGGAAUUUGCCAAAAAGGACAGGAAUGAAUUGUCGUGGCUUCAAAAAAAUGAGGUUGAAAUUGUGAUGUCGCUGUUGGGAUUGGUGUGUCCACCUCUGUUUGAGGUUAUAGCUGAGCUGGAAGACUAUCACCCUCGAAUCGCCCUAAAAUGGCAGCUGGGCAGAAUCUUCGCCCUCUUUCUGGGCAACCUGUACACUUUUCUGUUUGCGCUGUUUGAUGAAGUCAAUACAAAGCUUGAAAAUGAGAAAGAGAUAAGAAAUGAAACCAUCUGGGCUCUUAAAGAAUACUAUGCCAAUUACACCUUAUACCAUAAUGUCACAGAAAACAUUCCCCCUCCAAACAUCUCCCCAGCUGAUGUCAUCAGGGGUCCUUGCUGGGAGACAGAAGUUGGCAUUGAGUUUGUGAAGCUCACCGUAUCCGAUAUCCAGGUGACAUAUCUGACCAUCCUGAUAGGGGACUUCUUACGAGCCGUGAUUGUGAGAUUCCUCAACUAUUGCUGGUGUUGGGAUCUGGAAGCUGGCUUUCCGUCUUAUGGAGAAUUUGACAUCAGCGGUAAUGUGCUUGGGCUCAUCUUUAAUCAGGGAAUGAUCUGGAUGGGUGCAUUCUAUGCCCCUGGGCUGGUGGGUAUAAAUGUGUUGCGUCUGCUGAGCUCCAUGUAUUACCAGUGCUGGGCUGUGAUGGCCUGUAACGUUCCCCAUGAGAGAGUGUUCAAAGCCUCACGUUCUAACAACUUCUACAUGGGACUGCUCCUCCUCGUCCUCUUCCUCAGUCUCAUGCCUGUGAUCUACUCCAUUAUGACCCUGCCACCGUCCUUUGACUGUGGACCCUUCAGUGGUAAAGAUAAGAUGUUCGAUGUGAUCACGGAGACUAUAGAGAAGGACUUGCCACCUUUUAUGACUGACAUCUUCGGUUAUGCAUCCAACCCAGGCCUCAUCAUUUCAGCAGUCUUGCUCAUGGUGUUGGCUAUUUAUUAUCUGAAUGCUGUGUCCAAAGCAUAUCAGAACGCUAACAUGGACUUAAAACGCAAAAUGCAAAUGCAAAGAGACGAGGAGAAGAACAGGAGAAACAACAAGGACAGCACCAACCAGGUGAUGAAAGACCUGGAGGAUCUUAUGCCCAACAAGUCCCUGAUUCCCCCGCCAUCUGCUGAAGAGACUGAGAAACCAGCUGACCUGCUCAGCAAGUCACCAAAGGUGACGAGCAAACCAGGUGCUGCAGCCACUGGGAAAGGGGUACAUGUUCAGAAGGAUGUGUCUUUGGCUGCUGCAAAUCCUCGAGCUCCAGUGACUCGUCCGCCAGGUCCCAGGCCACCCGGGCCUCUGCCAGGUAAUGCACGCGGACCUCCACCAGGUCCACAAGGCAAGGGAAGAGGGAGAGGUGGACCACCACCACGAAGAUAGUGCAUGAAGAAUGCACUAACAGUUUCUUUUUGUACUAGAUACUAAAUUUGGAACCAAAUCGAAUUUUAAUACUAUUACACAAUGAGGAUGACCUGUAGUUAAUAUUUUUAUG